AAUGUCAGUCGUGACAUUACAACUUGGACAGUGUGGUAACCAAGUAGGGCACGAGUUGUUUGACGUGAUUAGCAACGACGCUAGCGACGUUCAAAGAAAAGUGUACAGUGAAUGCAGUCGUGAACGCUUCUUCAAUGAGACGACAAAUGGAGACCUGGUGGCACGGGCUGUUCUCAUUGACAUGGAGCCAAAAGUCAUCACGCAGAGUGUAGCCAAAGCUGCUAAGUCGGGGAGAUGGAGAUACGACGACCAGUCUCAAUUUAGUCAGAAGCAGGGCUCCGGAAACAACUGGGCCAACGGGUACUGUGUCCACGGCCCUCAUCACAAGGAGGUGAUGGAAGACCUGGUUCGGAGAGAGGUGGAGCUCUGUGACAGACUAGCUGGGUUCAUGGUCAUGAUGAGUGUAGCAGGGGGCACAGGGUCUGGCGUGGGCACAUAUGCUACUCAAUGUCUCAGAGACGCCUACCCAAACUCCUUCAUUCUCAAUCACCUGACCUGGCCUUAUGGCACUGGAGAGGUGAUAGUCCAGAACUACAACUCGGUCCUCACCUUGUCUCACCUCUACCAGCUCUCCGACGCCCUCCUGGUUCACGAGAACGACACUGUGCACAAAAUCUGCUCGCAGCUCAUGAACAUCAAACACAUAUCGUUCGGUGACGUCAACAGAGUCAUUGCUCACCAGCUGGGCAGCGUUCUACAGCCUGCUCUCACUGGGGAGUCCCACGGCGUCUACGGACGGAAUCCCCUGGGGGACCUGAUGAGCAGCCUGGUUUGUCACCCAGAGUACAAGCUGUUGAGCGUGUCUACCAUCCCCCAGAUGGCCAGCUCCUCCAUGGCCUACAGCAUAUUCUCCUGGCUUGGCCUGCUCAAACACCUGCGUCAGAUGCUCAUAGCAAAUACCAAGAUGGAGGAAGGUAUUGAUUGGCAGGUGCAAGCCCCAGUCCUCCCUGGCAUGGGUCGUGAUAGGUCUAGGAGCCACAUUAGGCAGGGAUUUAACCCAUCUGUGGCCAAUCUGCUCAUUUUGCGGGGGAAAGACGUGUACAGCGCAGAGACAGGUGGAUUUCAAGAAGCAGCCUUAUAUUCCCCUUGGCUUCCAGCAGAGGAGGCUUUCAGCACGUGGAAAACACCUGUCCCCUUCAACAGGUACGAGAAGUGUGCUACGCUGGUCAGCAACAGCCAGGCUCUCCUGGGCCCUCUGGAUAACAUGGUGGGGAAGGCCUGGAACAUGUUCGCCUCCAGGGCCUACAUUCACCAGUAUACCAAGUUUGGCAUCUCUGAGGAGGAUUUCCUUGACAGCUUCACAUCUCUGGAACAAGUCAUCUCCAGCUACAGUCAGCUGGGAUGCUAGCUGGAACAAGUCAUCUCCAGCUACAGUCAGCUGGGAUGCUAGCUGGAACAAGUCAUCUCCAGCUACAGUCAGCUAGCUGGAAUAAGUCAUCUCCAGCUACAGUCAGCUGGGAUGCUAGCUGGAAUAAGUCAUCUCCAGCUACAGUCAGCUAUGAUGCUAGCUGGAACAAGUCAUCUCCAGCUACAGUCAGCUGGGAUGCUAGCUGGAAUAAGUCAUCUCCAGCUACAGUCAGCUAGCUGGAACAAGUCAUCUCCAGCUACAGUCAGCUGGGAUGCUAGCUGCUGGGAAGGAUGAGAUCACUCAUGCUGGGCCAAGAAAGGACAUAACACUUGGGAUGGAAAAACAUGUUUACCCUUCAAUGGAGUAAUGUAAUGGAGUACCAUGUAAUUGUGUGUACAGUUAUAAGAAUACAUAUAUAAUAAUGGGGAAUUUUAAGAAUAUAAA